CCAGAGUCACAGCUGUGGUGAGGCAGAGCGAGGCUGACUCACUGAAUCUGUCUGAGAGGGAGCAAGAGCGAGAGAGGGAGAGAGAGGUAGAGGGGGAGAAAGGAGGAGAGAGAGAGAGGAGGAGAGCAGAGCAUAGGUGAUCUUCCCCUCAUUAGUGACUGGACUACAGGAAAAUGAUGGGUUGAGAAAGCAGUCAUGGAACCAAACAAAGUUCUUCAUUUUGUGCCGUCCGAGGCUCCUUCCUCGGUCAUGGCCAAGAAUGGAUACUUCUAUCAGGAAAUGGAGCAGAGGGAGCGAGACGAGCAGGAGGAAGGGAGUGAGGAUCGAGAGGAGGGUCAGGACUCUCCUAUCCCAUCAGGAGAUGACAUUCAUCUCUACGGCAACCAGACACACCAAGGAGGGACAGAUUCUGAUGUCCAUGGCUGUGUCUUGCUCAAUACAUCACGUAGAUAUGUAAAGCUGAUGAACUUUGAGGAGGAGGUGAGGGCUCACAGGGAUCUGGAUGGCUUUCUGGAGAGGGCGAGUAUCCUGCUGCACGAGGACGAGGCGUCGCUGGACGACGUGCUGAAGACGAUGCUCCGGCACAUCUCGCAGGACCCGCACACGGCCGAGCCUGGCUGCAACUUUGAGGAGAUCAUGAGCUCACUCUUCACCGAUGCCGGCUCACAGGAGGUCAACGUGCACCUGCUGUCCGAAACGCUGCAGUGUGUGACAGCUACCGCCACGGGCAUCCAAUACCAGCAGUCUUGGCUCUGCAUCCUCUGCAAUGUGAAGAACUUACAAAGGCGGCAUGUGUGCAUCUCUCGGUUGGACCGGCCUCAGAACUGGGGAGAGAACUGUGCUGAGGUCCGCUACGUCAUCCUUAUACUUGCACCUCUUAAGAUGAAAAGCACCAAGACAGCAAUGGAGCUAGGCCGGACAUUUGCGAGCAUGUUCUCAGACAUCUCCUUCAGACAGAAGCUGCUGGAGAGUAAGACUCCAGAGGAGUUUAAAGAGGCACUAGUCAUUCAGAGGUACCACCUGACCGCUGCCAAGUGCAAAACUUCCACAGUUGAGGAGGAAGAGACUGACCCACACAGCCACAAACCACUCAAGUGUAGAGAUUUUUUCAGAGUGGGCAGAGGCAUCUAUGAGGAUCUGUGUCGCCGCAUGCCCUUCUAUAUAUCGGACUUUACUGAUGGCAUAGUGGGCAACAAUAAAGCACUAGUGAAGUACAUGACGACGUCCAUUUUCCUCUACAUUGCCGUUCUGCUUCCUGCCAUUGCAUUUGGCUCACUCAAUGAUGAAAGCACAAGAGGAGAAAUAGAUGUUCAGAGGACGAUCAUUGGGCAAAGUAUAGGUGGAAUCAUCUAUUCGCUGUUUGCUGGUUCUCCUCUGGUCAUUCCCCUAACUACUGCACCUAUCGCCAUCUUCAUCAGCGUAAUCAGGGGGAUCUGUGAUGAUUAUGAGCUGGAUUUCAGUGCGUUCUAUGCCUGCAUUGGUCUGUGGAACAGCCUGUUCCUCAUCAUCGGAGGCGUCUUCAACCUCAGUCUACUCGUUAAACUCUUCAAGAGGUCAAUAGAGGAGGUGAUAGCUAUGUUCAUUUCAAUUGCUUUUGUAGCAGAUGCUGUUAAAGGCACUGUCAAGAUCUUCCAUAAGUAUUACCAUCCUCCUACAUUGGCCAAUGGCAGCGUAGAGGAGCUGCAUCGAAUCAGUGGAGCAUUGAGUGUAGGGGAGAUGAACCUCACAGGGGCAGGGUUACCGUCGCUCCCAGAAUCCUUCAUUUUGUGCACACGAGCACGGCCACUGCUUUGCCUCCUUCUUAUGCUUGGGACCUUGUGGGUUGGGUACACACUCUACCAGUUUAAGAGAAGUCCUUUCCUGCACGCAAAAAUGAGGGAGAUUCUGUCAGACUGUGCUCUGCCCAUCUCGGUGCUGAUUUUCACCUACGUUGGUGCCUACAUCUUCAGCGACAUUGACUUGCCCGUGUUUAACUAUCACGAGGGUUCAUUGUUCCGACUGGCCGCCUUGGAAAAGCUAUCAGGUGUCAGUGUGGUAUGUGCCAUGGGUCUAGGCUUCCUUCUUGCUCUUCUCAUCUUUAUUGACCAGAACAUCGUGGUGUCCCUGACCAAUGCCCCAGAGAACAGGCUACUGAAAGGUACAGCCUAUCACUGGGACCUGACAUUGUCUGGCCUGAUUAAUAUUUUGAUGUCGUUGCUGGGUCUGCCUUGGAUGCACGCUGCUUUUCCUCACUCCACCUUACACGUGCGGCAGUUGGCCAUUGUGGAGGAGCGGGUGGAAGGAGGACACCUUUAUGAGACUAUUGUAAGUGUGAAGGAGACCAGGGUAACAUCACUGUUGGCGAAUAUCCUGAUUGGUGUGAGUGUGUUCCUGCUGCCUGUUCCACUGCAGUGGAUUCCCAAACCUGUACUUUACGGCCUCUUCCUCUACAUUGCCCUCACAUCCAUCGACGGCAACCAGAUGUGUGACCGCAUGGCACUGCUGCUCAAAGAACAGACGUCCUACCCCCCAACUCACUACAUCCGGAAGGUACCACAGAGGAAAAUCCAUUAUUUCACUUUUCUUCAGAUGGUGCAGCUGCUGUUUCUCUGUGCGUUUGGAAUGUACCCUCUCCCGUACAUUAAAAUGAUCUUCCCUCUGCUAAUGUUUAUCCUCAUACCUAUCAGGAAUUGUCUGCUGCCCAGGAUCAUUGAGGCCAAAUACCUGGACAUCAUGGACGCACAGCACAUGUAAACAUGUACACCUCCAAAAAAAAAAAAAAGAACAAAAAAAAAAGGUCUCUGGGAACUGUGUUUUUGAAAUGCAAAACUCUGGGAGGAAAUAUAGACUGAUUCUUGUGUUGUACAGCAGACAUUCUGGUGAAGCACUGUAACAGGAAAAGAGAGAGAGAGUGAGAGAGAAUAUAAAGUUUGAAAGGUUGACUAUAUUCCUGUCUGUUUGAGCUUAGUCAGUCACUGCUUCUCUCACUGUUUUCUCAUGCCAAAGCUUCUCUCUUUGGUUAAUUUUUAUGUACCUCUGUCUCAUGAUGUGGACCACUCACUUGAGUCAUAAAACCAUGAAACACACACACUCGCAUACAUAAAGUGGCAGUUUAAUAUGAUACGGACAGGAAGAGACUGGUGACUGAUAAGCUCUUCUCAUAGUGUUUCUAAUACCAUACAAAAGGUCACUGAACAAGUGGAGCGAAGUGAAGCGGAUCUAUCUGUAGCAAUACCUCUUUGACGUUGACAAUUCACACGUACAAAAACAAAAAACAAAAAAAACGGACGACCCUUCAUUACUUCACUUUCCUUCAGGCGAAGGGUCUCUCUGUCGGCUCCUACAUGACGUGAAAUCAUACCGUCGAUCAUAUACACUCCAAAGUGUUGUGGUGCAUAUCAUCGUUAACCUGAGGUGCAUAUAUUAAGAACAAGUCGAAACAGACCAAAAGAAUACACGCACCCUGCUUGAUACUGUGUCUCAUAGCAAUACAGUGAUUAUAGAAUAUGAAUAUUUUAGAUAUUUCUAUGAGAAAAAGAUUAUUAUCGGGGUUGAUAUAUUUCCAGGAUACAUGGCGACAUGUGUUCAGAAUGUAACAUUAGUUGCUGAUGCUUCAGGGAUAGGGGAACGGGUUCAGACAGCGAGAGCUAUUUUCCACAUUCACACUGCAGAACAAACUCUUACUAUAAGCUUUGCAUAUUACAGAACGUCUCCACUGUUUGUCCUCAGAAUGCACGGAAACGUGCACGCACACACACACACACACACACACACACACACACACACACACAAAGAUAAAUGCGAAUAGGCAUGUACUUAUAAACACAAACUAGCAUGCUUGCUCAUGCACUCUCCCUCCUGGCCCUACUUUACAACAUAUAUGAAAAUAAAUAAAGCAUGGCUUUUAUAAGAUGCCAAACCUUUUUUUACAAUUAUAGUUGGAAUUUCAUGCAAGAGAGAAUGAAAUUCUCAGUGGAAUGCUAGUUUUGUAUAUUACACCCACACACUCAGCCUUUUCAAAAUGUAAUUGCCUAUGCUGGACACCAGAACAGCUAUGAAGCUUUUCAUAGAAGACUACAAUGGUCUCUCUUGAUUUGUUACAGCAAUAUAACCAUUUUCACACCAUGCUCAAAAGCUUACAAAUAGUCAAUCAUUGACUAUUUUUCUCUAAAAAAAAAAAAUCUAAUUCCCAAAUAAAUCUCUCAGAAUCGGUGUUUCUAAUACUGAGAGACAGACUGACAGACAGGGGACUGAGAGAGAGAGAGAGAGAACGAGUGAACUGUGUUUCUGAAGGAUCGAUGCACUUGAGGAUAUACUAGGGAUAGGAUACAGUGCUGUGAAAAAGUAUUUGCCUGAUUUCUUCUGUUUUUGUGUAUAUGUCACACUAAAUAAUUUUAGAUCAUCAAACAAAAUACAACAUAAAACACAGGCAACCUGAGUAAACACACAAUACAGUUUUUAUUUAUUAAUUUUUUUAUUGAAGCAAAAAAAAUAAUAAAAAAAUCCAACACUUAUCGCUAAUGUGAAAAACUAAUUGCCCCCUUAAACUUAAAAUCUGGUUGUGCCUCCUUUAGCAGCAAUAGCUGCAACCAAACACUUAACUAUAGAUAACUGGAGAUCAGACUUUCACUUAUUUCUUAGUCCUAUGCUUUGGAUCGUUGACUACAUACUUAACUACGUACUUAACUACUUGACUACGUAUUGACUACGCAAUAAACUCAUUAUUUACCUUAUUCUGAAUAAGACAAUAUUAUGAUUAAGGUGUUUACAUGAGUUGCUUGUAGAAUAUUCCUUUCAUGUUCCUAUUUUACAUGUUAUAGAACAUAGAUCGAUUAACAUCACACGUCAUUACGUCACCGCGCCACGCCGUCCAAGGUCCCUCCAGAAUUUCACGUAUCAACAUACGUUUUUAUUUUUAUGAAAGCUUCAAGUGCAGUUAAUUAUUUGCAAUACGUGCAAAUAGAUGACUGCUUGAAGCCACGGGCUGCAUCCAAAACCGCGUACUUACCCACAUGAUGUUAAUAGUGUGAAUAAGGUGUGUACGUGUCUAUAAAUGCACUUCAAUAAUGUGAUUAAAAUAGGAAUACUCCACAUGUCUUAAUUCGAUUUGCAUUUACUUUGAGUAUGACUUUAGCCAGAUUAAGGUAAUCAAUAAUCACUGUUUACAUGGUAGUGUCUUAAUCAGAGUAUUGUCUUAAUGGGGUUAAUAUCGGAUCAUUGUCGUCCAUGUAAACGUACUGAUUGUCUUGCUGCAUAAUCCAGUUGCGCUUGAGUUUCAAUUUACGGAUUGAAGACUGGACAUUCUCCUUUAGGAUUUUCUGGUAGAGAGAAUUCAUGUUUCCCUCAAUUAUUGCAAGUCGCCAAGGCCCUGAAGUAGUACAGCAUCCCCACACCAUCACACUACCACCACCAUCUUGACUGUAGGUAUGAUGUUUUUUUUUGGAAUUCGGUGUUUGGUUUAUGAUCAGUCAGUACGUUUACAUGGACAACAAUAAUCCAAUAUUAAUCCCAUUAAGACAAUACUCUGAUUAAGAAACUACCAUGUAAACAGCAAUUUUUAAUUACCUUAAUCCGACUAAUGUCAUAAACGAAGUAAACAAGAAUCAAAUUAAGACAUGGAGUAUUCCUGUUUUAUUUGCAUUAUCGACGUGUAUUACAAACAUGUAAACACCUUAAUCACACUAUUAACGUCGUGUGAGAUUUCACCGCAUUUUGCGACAGGACACGAUCACACACGGCAGUGCUUAACCUUUUGAUGGCAAACGAGAGCACGGCUGCGUCCGAAACCGUGUAAUUACCUACUAUAUAGUAGGCUAAAUACAUGUAUCUCAGGUACUAUACAGUAGGUAAUUACGUGGUUUCGGACGCAGCCCACGGUUUCAAGCAGUCGUCACUUUGCACAUAUAGCAUGACAAAUAAUUAACUGCACUUGAAGCGUUUGUAAAAAUAAAAACACCCAAAACUGUAUACAGUAUGAUAACGAAGACGAACUGUAAGUUGUUACGUGAAAUUCAGGAGGGAACGUCGGAUGGAGUGGUGCUGUGACAAUGACGUAUGCCGUUAAUCGAUCUAUGUUCUGUAACGUGCAAAACGGGAACAUGAAAGGAGUAUUCUAAAAGCGACUCAUGUAAACACCUUAAUUGCAAUAUUGUUUUAUUCAGAAUAAGGUCAAUAAUUAGAUUACUGCUGUCCAUGUAAACGUAGUCACUGACCCUUAUUGAUGCAACAGACGCCUGUAAGUCAUUUGAGGUUGUCCUUGGCUCUUUUGUGACUUGCGUCAGUAGUUGCUGUGCUCAUGGAGGAAUUUUGGAAGGUCGGCUGUUGAAAAAGUUCUAUUUAAGUGUUGAUUUGAUUGAACAGGGUUUGCAGUAAUCAGGCUUGCUGGUUGCGUCUAGUCCAGCUGAACCCCAUUACGAAUGAGGUUUCAUAGAUUUGGGAAUUAGUAACUAUGGGGCAAAUACAUUUUCACACAGGCCCAGUUGGUAUUGGAUAACUUUUUUUUGCUAAAAUAAAUAACAUUUUUAUUUAAGAACUGUAUUUUAUGUUUACUCAGGCUGCCUUUGUUUUAUCUUAGAUUUUGUUUUAAUUUCUGAAACAAUUUAGUAUGAGAUGUACACAAAAACAGAAGAACUCAGGAUGGGGCAAAUACUUUUUCACAGCACAGUAUGUUUUUGAGUUGGAUCAGGGCAGGGACAGCACUCCAUCCCACAGUGCUGUAGUCCUUCAGCUCUGAAAAUGAAAGAGAGAAUGUUGUGAAUAGUGGACAUGUAGCUAUAAACUUGAAUCUGUAGAGACAAAUGACUAAGAAUGGCAUACGACUAAAGAGUGAUCAGGACCGUGGUGUGUUUCACACAGAUGUGAGGAAAAGAAAAUCAGGAAAGAGGACUAGUGUUAGAAUCGUAUGCUUUAAGACUGCAUGAAAGACUGAUAUCCAAAUGUGUUUUGUUGUUGUUUUAGCCACUAGUCAGUUUGUUUUGUAAAACCCCACACCAAUCCUCACUGAAUAUGAUUCCCAACUCUCUCUUUAUCUCCUCUGAGACUGUGACAGUAUCAUCGUAAUCCUGAAAAACCUCUGGUGUAAAAACACCCUCCUCCUUGCACACCAUUGGACUUUUCUCUCAGUAUUUGACUGUAAUAUUGAAGUAUUCAACCUUAUUUUGUUAUCUUCUUAACUGGAUUGGAUAUGUUGACAGUUUAUGUACUGUGCUGGCUUAAUAUUGUUUCAGAAAAUAAGCUUUUUCUUCUUCCAAUAAUGAAUGUAUAAUGUGUAGAUUUUUAUAUAACAUACAAAAUCCAUUGUCAAAAUAAUUUUGUCAAACAGAUAAGCUAAAUUUGUAAACGGCAAUAUGUUAAAAAAAAAAAAAAAAGAUAAAUGUUUAUCAGAAGGACUAUGUGAUUUUAAGAAAGGUAAUGCUAUACACUGAAAACUAGAUCAUUUCAAGCUGGUUGCCAAAUAAAGAGUUAUAUUGA